AUGAGUUCAAAACCAUCAGCAUCGACAGCGGGUUCGAAUUGGGAAGCUUUGCAGAAGGUAUGUUACCUUAGAUUUUAUAUUGUUCUUGUUUUAGGAGCUGAAAAGAGAAAAGACGCAUCACAAAGUACAAUUCAAAACGAUCAAGAAGGAAAAGAAGGUUACACACAAGGUGAAUCGAUUUAAGGCGGCUCAUUCUGAAGCCAUGAAGGCUUUAAAAGGGUUAGUUUUCGAGGAGCUUUGGGAUGAAUUGACAUUUUAGCUUGUAAUAGUGUCUUUUCUUUUUAAAAUGUUUUGUCGUUGUUUGUGAUAGAAAAGGGGAUUAUUACGGUUAUGUAGGUAUAAAAUUUAAUUUGUUUUGUGUUGAUUUUAAUGUGAUUUUAACGAAUUUUGUCCUGGGCUAGUUGUUAUUAUGGCUAACGUAAUGUUUUUUGUCUUCAUUGUUUUUAACAUUAAAUAUUAACCUUAUAUCGUGAUAGAGCAGGCUUUUUUAAUACUUUAGUGUUCAAUUUUUAUCUUCAGAGGCGAUUCGAAAGCAGUAACAGACGUUUUGGCGUUGGAUUGUGAAUAUGUGGGAGUUGGUUAUAAUGGCAACGUAGAUCAACUUGCUAGAGUGUCUAUUGUGAAUUCCGAAGGAAAAGUAGUUUACGACAAGUAUGUUGCGCCCCGAGAAGAGGUUACCGACUACAGAACUCAUGUUAGUGGCAUUCGACCUGGUCAUCUUGUUCUUGGUAAGUUGCUCAUUAGUUUUUUUCUGUUUUUAGGUGUUAUUUAUUUUUGGAUUGGUUGAUGUUGCCAAUAUAUAUUUUAUGGACAUUCUAGAUUGAUUUGUUAAAGUUUUGUCAAGGUUUCUGGGCUAGAAAUGAAGAUAUACCUCAUUUUAGGUAUGCCAUUUAACCAAGUACAACAAGAAGUGAACAAAUUGAUAAGAAACAAGAUUGUUGUUGGCCACGGGUUGGCGAAUGACUUUCGAGUGAUGAAUCUAUCUCAUCCACAACGAUUGACAAGAGAUUCUGCUAAUUGGAAGCCAUUAAGGAAGAUGAUCGACUACACUGGAAAGCCUUCGUUAAAGUUUUUGGCUCAAAAGUUGUUGAACAUCCGAAUUCAAGAAGGUGAACACGACUCUAUUAUUGAUGCUAAGGCUGCUUUGAGGUAAAUAUUUUAAGUAAUUUGGUUUUAUAUUGUUUUUAUAUUAAUAUAGGAUAUUUUUGGCAUGGAUAAUAUAAAUUUUAUGUUUUAGGAUAUACCAACUUCACAAAAAACGAUGGGACUCUGAUAUAAAAGGAGCUAAACGUUAG